CGCGCGACGGCUCCACCAAGUCGAUGGGACUCCAUAGCAGCCUCGUCUUCAUCGUUUCAUGUGCUCUCCAUGCACGAGGCUUCCGCGUCGUCGAUCUGGCCAAUUUCACAUCCCUGGCUGAUGUUCCACCCGCAGUGUUCCCGCCGUACGCAAACGGAUUCGUCGGGUACUAUGGCGACCCAUCGUCGACGUUUUUUCGUGACCACAUCAACUCUGGCGCCAUCUUUAACCCUGAAAUCCCAGUGCAAUGGAGCGGUGUUGACAUUCUCCAGAGAUGCCCUGGAAUGGUUGGACCAUUUAGCGAUGGCGAAUACUACUGCGUGGGGAAGGAGUACGGGUUCUGCGACCAGCGGUCCAGUACUUGCUGGUGCAACAAAGGAUACGAAGGGUUAAACUGCACGCAAUGCAUCCCGGAGUACUACAAGCACGGCGGUCUUUGCUAUCCCAAGAAGAAUUGCCCGAGCGACUGCUCUGGCCAAGGCACAUGCGACUACGCCACGGGAAAAUGCACAUGCAAUUCGUAUCGUUUCGGGUUAGAUUGUUCCCAGCAGUCUUGCCACCGCUUCGAUAUGUUGUGCACGUCGUGCACCGCCGGCGCUUGUUUGGCGUGCUUGCCGGGGUACUUUCCUAUCACAAAUCGAUGCCUGCCUUGUUCCACGUACGACCCCCGGUGCAUUACCUGUGACGACCAGCGGUGCCUCUCGUGUGGAGACUUUAUCCUCAACUCGGUGCGGCGCAGUGGUGCCCGUGCUGGCAUCGAUCCGUCCACCUCUCCCCUUGAAGAACCGACUCGGGAAUUUUCAUUUCUCUCCGUGUACGGCAGCCAGCACCCCCAAGUGUUUGAUGAAGCAGAACCAUUCGGGAUCGUGCGUGCUAUCCCGCCUUCCCUUUCCUGCACGCAGGGAACGUCCAUGGAUGCUUCGUUCGCAUGCGUGCCGCUUCCUCGCAGCCACGUCAUUUGUGGCCACUCGGGGACGCUAUCGUUUUCGUCGCCGACAUACGAGAUUGCUGAGAAUGCGCCAUGGAUUCCAGUCACAGUCACACGAACUGGCGGCGGCGUCGGCUCCGUUGCCGUCACAUACGAGCUCAUCCACUUGACCACGUCUGACCAAGACGUGAGCGCCACGGCGUUCUACACAUCGAGCCAACGCCUUGAAUUCCUCCCGGGGGUAACCUCCAUCACGUUUUUCAUCACCAUCCACGACAACUUCGUUCGCAACGAGAACAAAGAGUUUCUCGUGGCGCUGCGAGAUCCCACGUCUGAUGCGACGCUCGGGAACCAAGACAAUGCAGUCAUCACAAUCCUGGACAACGAGCCUGCGUCUCCGCGAUUGACCGUACAGACCAAGCCAUGGGGCACAGCAGGGACCCCGUUCUCCCUCAAGCUGUUAUCAUCGUCCACCACGUCGGCAAGCCGUUGGGUUGUCGUUGAAGCUAAGCUGACGCCUGCGCUGGCUGACACCAACAUGGAGCAAAUUUUCCUUCCUUUUGCAGCUGGUUCGUGGCUAACUACGUGGACACCCACGAGGCGCGGCAAUUACUCGCUGUCGUUCUUUCAGCUCUUUGGCACAGGACUGCGAGGGCACUACUUUGCCAAUGCGUGGCUUCAGGGGCCACCAAGAGUCAAGCGAGUCGAUCGAGCGUUGAAUUUCACCUGGGCAACGGACAAAGCAAUGUGGAACCCAUUUCACUUUGGAAGUGCCCGUUGGAGUGGGUACUUGCAGGCUGCGGCGUCGGAGCUCACGUACUUUCGAGUGGUCACAACGGGAAGCUUUCGGCUCUGGCUCAACGGCAAACUCGUGAUUGAUGCUUGGCUGCCGCUGGAUUCGCAGAACUGGGGGGCGGUCGUGCUCGAGCAAAAUAAGUUGUACUCCAUCACGUUCGACUACCGCCACGGAAUCGCUCCUUCCACGCGGCUCAACCUGCAGUGGCAAAGCGCCUCCAUCCCACUGCAGAGCAUCCCAACGCAGCAAUUGUUUGUCGCUCAACUCGUCGGUUCGACGUCGGUGACGAUUCUUCCGUCCAGUCCAGUGCCAAACGUCAUUUUCCAAGGCAAUACUUCAGGCGUUGCUGGGGCGGUCUAUUCGUUCGCGUUCUAUUCACUGGAUGGACAGGGCAACCUGCGGCGCCAGUCCGAAACAGAAUUUCGAAGUGUCCUGACGCUCCAGUCGUCUCCACAAACGAAUGUCGACGUGGCGCUAGCGUACGAUCCGUCGACUCAAAAGAUGCUGGCGCAAGCUCGCCCGGUUGUGAUGGGGCUGUACUCGUUGCAGCUUUUCCUCAACCAAGUUCGAGUCACUGGGUUCCCCAUCGAUGUUCAAAUCGCGUCAUCGCCGUUUGCUGGUCCUCGCUCCGACGUGUUCGGCCCUGGUGUCGCUCCAACUGGUGUCAUCGCUGCAGCGCGAGCAACCAUGACGAUCCGAGCGAGAGAUCUGUAUGGCAAUACGAUGUCUCAAGGAGGCGCCGAAUUCACUGUUCGGGCUGUGUCGGGAGUCCAGGCCCUCGUGGAUCUGGGCACCGUCGUCAACAACUUGGACGGCACGUACACAGCUUGGUACAUCCCUCGCUUUUCUGGCGCAUACUCGAUUGAGGUCCUCGUGAACAAGAUGCACGUAGCGCAGAGUCCAUAUGCGAUUUCAGUGGCGCCAAACGAACCGUUCGGGCCAUCGUCGCACUUGGUGUCUGGUUUGGGACUCACGUCUGCAACGACGGGACUUCCCUCGACGUUUGUCGUUCAGUUACGCGACGUCAACGGCAAUUUGAUCACGGCUGGUUCGGCGGCGGUCACUUGCACACUCGCCACAUCGACCUGCGUCAACAUGCUCAACGGUCAAUACAGCUGCACGUACACUCCAACGGUUGCGACGCCUACGAUGGUGCUAAGCGUCCAAGUCAAUUCGAUGCCGAUCAAGAACAGCCCGUUCGUAAUUCCAGUGACGACGGGAGCAAUUGCGACUUCGACUUCGGUUGCCAAUGGCACUGGGCUGCUGUACUCGUUCGCAGGUCAAGUGACCAAGGUGAACAUUCAAGCCAAGGACAUCUACGGGAAUAAUCGCAUGGGUGCAGACACGUUGACUGGACAGCUUGUCCUUCCCAACGGCGCUCCGACCACGAAUACGUCGGUGACGAUUGCGUACCUCUCGAAAGGUUACCAUGAACUCUCGUAUCAAGUAUUUGCAGCGGGGAGCUACCUCCUCCGCAUCCAAGCGGGUGGACAAAACAUCCUGAACAGUCCAUUUACGAUCUCAAUCUACCCAGGUCCGGCCGAUAUCGUCCAAACGACCGCGUCCUUUGCAUCCUCUCAGCCAUUUCUUGCUGGGACGACAGUGGUGGCCAAGAUUGAGCCGAAAGACGCGUUCGGCAACCCAGUCAACCAGCCGUACCUGUUCAGACUAAGUCCCCAAAGCAUGUUCACACUCACUUCAGCCACGAAUGCGGUCUACACCGUCGCCCUGACCCCAACACUUUCCGGUGUGUACACAUUUCAGCCACAGAUUUAUUUGCCUGGCGGGGGCAACGUCACGCUGUACAAAUCGCGCGACUGGAGCGGGCCGUCCGUGCUGUUUCAAACGCCAAUGCCUUUGGGGGCCAACUACGGACUCAAGGUCCCUCCACUGACCGACGCGAUGCGAGACUUCAGCGCCGUCUGGCGAGGCUACAUCUCUGCGACGUAUUCAGAGCUAUACACGUUCCAUGUGACUGCGUCUGGCUGCCACGUCCGCAUCAUGCUCAACAAGACCGAAGUUGUGCAUCUGACCAAAACUGGCAUUGGCCUCUUCUCGACGGCGCUCACGGCGGCUUCCAUGAUGUACUUGGAGAUCUGGGUAUCGAAGGCAAGCGAUGCCGGGCCAGUAAAGUACAAGGUCACGUGGUCGAGUUUGUCACAGCCCGAACAGGACGUGCCAGCCUCGAGCCUUUUCUCGUUAUGGCGCGUCACGUCGCUGUCGCCGACUUUUUCGGUGUUUCCGAACGCCCCGUUUCCACCAAAUUUUGAGUUGAGCCCGAUGUCGCCGACCCAGUGGACGGCUGGAACUUCCGUUGUGCUGACGGUGGUGGCCAAAGACGCGUUUGGAAACGUGCGGGAUAGAGGAGGGGACAGUCUCCAGGUGCUGCUCUCCAGUUUCAACCAGCAGCUGCCGGUGAAUUUUAACGUCCAAGACAUUCAAGACUUCCGCAAUGGCACGUACGGUGUUCGAAUCGUAUCGUUCUCGAGCGGAAAUCUGAGCCUCACGCUGGGGGUGCACGCCUCUCCGGUCCAUUCGUCCAUCAGCGUCUACGGUUUUGAACAGAGUUUGGCCACGAUACGGGGGAACCCUUUUCUCAUCUCGGUGGCUCCAGCCAUCAUUUCACUCGAAUCGACGGUCUUUACUGGCCCCGGACUGGUGGCUGGCAUCGCUGGGGUCACGCUGUCCUUUUCAAUGGCCCUGCGAGAUGCUUACUUGAAUGCAGUCGCUGUUGCGCCGUCCGGCCUGGUCGUGUUUCUCACGCGAGACGUUGCGACGAGUGUCGUUGGGAAAUGGACUUUCGACGUGGCCACUCGCGAGAUCACUGUGGCAUUUGUGCCCGAGGUGGCUGGCAUAUAUGCCAUCAAGCUCCAGCUCGGGACGGCGACAUACACCCCUCUCGACAUCCAGCCCCUCAUUCGGCCCAAUGUCUCGAACGCCACGACCAGUCAAAUUGUCUUCGCUGGUCCUGCACUUGCUCCCUUUACCGACCAGCAGUCGUUCUCGGUCGUACUCUACGAUGCUUACGGGAACCCCGUCGGUGUCGGCGGGGAUCGCGUGGCGGUCACUGUGAAUGGGGCCGCAGCUGCCGUCGCUGAUGUUGUGGACAACCUGGAUGGCACGUACCAGGUCCACGUGGCCCUUCCGUCCCGCGGAGUCUUUGAGAUCACCACUCUGCUCAUGCAACCCAAUUCGUUCGGCCUCGCUGGUAAGUAUUACCCCAACACGACUACGUUCACCGCCGAGAUGACGCGCAUCGACCGAGUCAUCGACUUGACAGGCAUCGACACGCCCAAAAUCGAGUGGACCGGGUUUCUCCUUGGCACCUUCACCGAAACUUUUCAGUUCGACCUGGUCGGAUGUCGACUCUUCAUCGACAACGUCGCCGUCCCCUCCAGCUCCACCGUCCUCCUCAUCGAGACGCACUUGCAUGUCGUGCGUGUGGAAAGCUUCCCAGGCGCCGCCACCAUCCAAAUGAGAUACCAAAGCGCCCGCACGCCGGCACAAAUCGUUCCCUCUACCGUGCUGUUUCCCACAGCCACCGAGAUCGGUCCCCGGCUUCGCCUCACCGGCUUCUAGCAACUGGCUUGCCCAACAAUAUAUUAUGUGCUUCACUGUUCAAAAGUCAAACGCUAACUCAUCGCUUCCCAACAAAUCGUCUCCGAGCUCUUCCUCGAUGCCGUCCAUAAAUGUAAACUCGUCUUCGUC